AUGGUCGAAAGCAUCGCUAAUGCAAUUCGACCGUCGCUGAACGCCCAACGCUCCGAUCCAACUCAUGAGCGGCUCUUCCAAAUGUACGCAUCGACAACUCUUCGCUACUCGGUCUACCGACAUAUCCUCGUCCUCGAGCAAAGCUUUAGGAACAUCACCCCUUUCAUCUCAAGCUCUGUUUUGCUAGCCAAACAGCUUGCAUGCGAUCCACUUCUACCAUUGACAGCAUCCUCCGAAUACAAUGAUACUUCCUUUGCGGGUGCAGAAGAUAUCUCCAGCGCGCUUCCUCGCCCACGGGACGCGCGCGUCGUAGCUCAAGUCGAAGCGCUAUUCGAUGCGAAUCCUGGGGCUGGCGGGGAAGUUGCUUGGUGGUGUGGUGCAGAUAAUGGAGGAUAUACCGGAUGA